CAGUGAAACGUGAAACAUUAAAACAUUGACAAAGUAAACGCAUAAAAUGAAAAUUGCUAAACAAUUUCAUAUCAUAAUCACCAUAAUAGUAUGUAGUGCAAGUUUAAGUUAUACCCACUAUCUGGAGAAAUCUCAAGCUCGUCAAAAUAAUUUCAUAGAAUGGUUGAUAUCAAUAUUUCAAUUUAAUCCCAUAACACAGGUCACUACCAUUAAACCACCCUUGACAGAGACAAAACAGUGCAUGCCUUGUUCGUGUGGUACGGCCAAUGUUAUUAAUCGUAUAGUUUGUGGAGAGGAGACACAAGAGAUACGCUACCCGUGGAUGGCUUUGCUGAAAAAUAACAAUCGUUUUUACUGUGGUGGCUCAUUAGUUUCAGAUCGCUAUGUGGCCACUGCAGCUCAUUGUUUGAGAGGUUUUAGACCUAAUUCUAUCUCGGUUAGUUUAUUGGUACAUGAUCGUAAGUCUAAUUCUUCCCGAGAAAUUACUAGAAAGGCAAAACGAGUUCUCAUACAUGAACGUUACAAUCCAUUUAAUAUUGACAAUGACAUUGGUCUAAUACAUCUGUCAGAACCGGUCGAAAUGUCAAAUGUUUUAAGACCGGUGUGUAUGCCUUUAAAAGAUCAAACUUAUCUGGAUGAAAUUGGCAUAGCUAGUGGAUGGGGCGCCACCUCCGAGGGCGGACCCUUGGCUCAAAAAUUAAUGCAAGUCAGUGUCCCAAUUAUAUCCAAUGAAGAGUGUAAUGAAAAAUAUGGUGAAGAUCGUAUAACCGAAAAUAUGAUGUGCGCUGGUGUACCGGAAGGCAAUAAGGAUUCUUGUCAAGGCGACAGUGGUGGUCCGUUUCAAGUGCAUAAUAAAGAUUUGAAUAUUUAUCAUUUGGCUGGUAUAGUAUCAUGGGGUGAAGGUUGCGCUAGACCUAACAAACCGGGCGUAUAUACAAGGGUUACACGUUAUUUGGAUUGGAUUGAAAAGCGUACCAAUGAUUCGUGCCGUUGUGAUAUGCCCAGCACGAAAUUGUUGGAAAAUAUUUAUUGGGAGAGAGAAGACUAUAAAAAGUGUUGAAUAAAUGGAAAUGUUUAAACAAA